AUGUCAUCCAAGUACGCCAACCUCCUUCCUGUAAACGGACACUGGAAACAGCAAAUUACUGAUUUCUUAACUGAAGAUGUUCCGUCCUUCGAUUACGGAGCCUUCGUGGUCGGUGACAAACAAGAGACAGCUUCAUUAUACAUGAAAGCGGAGGGAUUGAUCAGUGGAGUUCCUUUUGCUGCUGAAGUAUUCAAGCAAUGUGAGCUCGAAGUUGAAUGGCAUCACCAGGAGGGCGAAUAUGUCACUCCAAAGAAGUUGGCCGAGCUGAAGGGCAAGAUUGUUGUUGCAACCGUGAAAGGUCCAGCCAACAAGAUCCUUCUUGCCGAGAGAACGGCCCUCAAUUUGUUGGCUAGAUCUUCUGGUAUUGCUACCCAGUCUUAUGUGACCAAGAAACUUGCAGACGAAUCUGGCUACCAGGGUUUAAUCGCUGGUACGAGAAAGACUACCCCAGGUCUCAGACAGCUUGAAAAAUACUCCAUGCUCGUGGGUGGAGUGGACCCACACAGAUACGACCUCAGCUCGAUGGUCAUGCUUAAAGAUAACCACAUUGCAUCUACCGGCAGUAUUACAGAAGCCGUCAAGAGCGCCAGAUCAGUUUGUGGGUUCGCAGUGAAGGUCGAGGUUGAAGUGAGCACUGAGACUGAUGCCAAAGAGGCCAUUGAUGCUGGAGCCGACGUGAUUAUGUUGGAUAAUUUCAGUGGUCCAGAGUUGCAGAAGGUGGCACAGAGCUUGAAGAAACAUUACCAGGGCUCUAACAAGAGUUUCUUAUUGGAAUGCUCAGGCGGUUUGACAUUGCAGAAUUUAAGUACUUACUUGUGCAAUGACAUCGAUAUCUACUCGACGUCCUCGAUCCACCAGGGAUGCAAGAUCGUCGACUUUUCCUUGAAAAUCAAUGCUUAA